AUGAAGAACACCAGCAACACAAAGCUGAUCCUUCUCCACCCCUACAUCCAGAAACAAGGAACCUCCAACCGCCUCUGGCUUCUAGCCUUCAUGUCCAUCUUCACACUCGCCUUCCUUCUCACAAUCAUUUACACAAGCGGCUUGUACGCAUACUCAUCAACCACAACAACCACCAUCUCCGCUGCCACAAUAACCACCACAACAACCGCUUCCACCGCCGUCCCCCAGCUCCCCACCACCGUCAUCAACACCCUCCUCUACUACGCCGCCAAAUCCAACGACACAUUCAAAAUGUCGUACGCCGACAUCAAGCCCAUCUCGGACGCCCUCCGGAAAUGCUCAACCCCUUGCAACUUCCUCAUCUUCGGCCUCACCCACGAGACCCUCCUCUGGAAGGCCCUCAACAACAACGGCCGCACCGUCUUCAUCGAUGAAAACCGCUACUUCGCCGCCUACAUGGAGGAGAAGCACCCGGAAAUCGACGCGUACGACGUGCAGUACACAACAAAAUCGAAAGAGCUCAAGGAGCUGGUGGCGGUGGCAAAAGAGCAAAUACGGAACGAGUGCAGGCCGGUGCAGAACCUGCUGUUCUCGGAGUGCAAGCUCGGGAUCAACGACCUGCCGAACCACGUGUACGAGGUUGAUUGGGACAUCAUCCUGGUGGACGGGCCACGUGGCGACUGGCCGGACGCGCCAGGGCGGGUGAUGCCGAUAUUCACGUCGGGGGUGCUGGCGAGGAGCAAAAAGGGCGGGAACGGGAAGACGCACGUGUUCGUGCAUGAUUUUGGCGGGGAGGUGCAGAGGGUUUGCGGGGAGGAGUUUUUGUGCAGGGAGAAUUUGGUGGAGGCGAGUGAGACGCUGGGGCAUUAUGUGGUCGAGAGGAUGGAGGAGAGUAGCUUCCAGUUCUGUCGCAGCCGUCCAUCGUCAAAUUCUUCAUUAUCAGCAGCAUCUUAG